CAGCCUUCAUAGCAGCCUUUAUAAUUUUCUUGCUGACCUCUCCGCAAAUAGUUCCAGACUCCGUUUUGGAACAUACCACGAUAGACGAGGAGGGAAAUGUGUUUAGUCCGCCAACUGAACAAAUCACAAACGACUCUUCUAUAACUGACGAGGACUCUCUGGAAAAAUUUCCAGCAACUAUAACUGAUGACAUAGAUUCUUUAGAAGAAAAAGAGGGACAUUAUAAAUUUUUAUUUCUGAUAAAUUCAGAUUUAGCAAAUUUUUCGAGGCGGAGAUUAAUUAGGGAUUGGGUGUUUGGGAUUCGAGAUAACAUUGUACCGCUUAAAAGUAACGAAAAUCUUAUUUAUUAUCGAUUUUUGACGCGGAAAAUAAAGUCGUUUAAAAAAAACGAGCAGGACGUUCAGCGUAGAUUCUUGUCAGAGUUUAUAGAGUUUGAUGACAUAGUUGAACUUGAAUAUGACGAGAAAGAGGAAGGACGGCAAGAAGCUACGCUUAGAUGGUCAAAUAGCCUUGAUAUCACAUACGAUCAUCUCGUUAUCAUUGAUAUCCAUACACUAAUAAAUUUUGAAAAAUUAAAACAAAUGAUCUCUGGCUCAUUAAUAAUACGCGGACAACAACCUUUGACACACGAGCAAAAAAAAAAUUUAUUAUGGGGCUCAUUUUCCAAUCUGGAUGCCGAUGAUAUGGCCGUAAUAAUUGGAUCAGAAGCGGUCGAUACAAUUACGGAAUCUUUGUCUGAGAUUAUAGAAUCCCCCAUUACUGAAAACAUUAAUUCUUCUAAUAUAUUAACUAAAGCUUAUUACUACUAUUCCAACAAAAAAGCUGAGACGACUGUUCCAAUCCAUCUGAUAAAUGAUGAUGACUCUGGUGGAAUCGUAGAAUGGGCAAAUGUAAUUGAAUCAAUUUCUCCAGAAUCGACAAUUUUUGUUGGUCAUCUUUUUCAAGAUGGUGAAUUUGUGGACUUAAUUCAAUGGCUAAAUGUUUCGAAAACAUUAAUUCGUAGUCCACCACCAUCAGUUCGCUCCGAUAACAAUGAAAAUAAAAACGGGGGCUUAUCAAUCGCAAUCGUUACUAGUAGCUUUGUCUACAAAGAUAUGUGCAUGGUUAAUGCCGUUGUUCCAGCAGCCGAUAAUAAACGUGAAUAUGCAAAGAAACACGGUUACUAUUUUGUUCCCAGAUUUGCAGAAUUCGCUCAACAAACGUUUCGACAUCGAAAAACCGUUUGGGGUAAACUCGAUGCUGUUGAAAAGGUUUUACCAUAUUAUGAUUGGCUCUUUUGGGUAGAUAUGGACGCGGUGAUUGUCAAUCAAGAAAUCACUAUUGAAAGUUUACUAGAAAAUUUCACAUCGAGAGUUGGAGGUCCUGAAGCAUUCAACCAGAAACAUCUUAUUGUUGCCAAGCCGAGAGGGGAUGGAAUGAUUAAUGCUGGUGUGUUUUUAUUGAGAAAUACAGAGUGGAGUAGAAAGUUUUUGAGAGAGGUGCAGGGUCGAAAAGCUCAAUAUUUUGGAAAAUUUUAUGAGCAGCGUGCUAUGUGGGAUGUGAUGAAUGAAGAUGAAUGGAAAGAUGGGGCGUUACUUUUGUCAGAUGAUGAUCACACAUUCAACACAUUCCCGAAAAGAUACAAAUAUGGAGAUUUUGUAGUACAUUUUGCGCCUGAUGGGUGUCCUGCAGCUCCCGUAAUUAAAAUUCUCAGCAAAUUACAGACAUUAAAAGAAGGCGCAAAAUUACUAGAAAGUGACUUUAACAAAUAA